AUGGAACAAGAAGCAUUCGAAUUGAGCAGGGAUAUCGACGAGCAAAAGGAAAAGAUCAGGAGGUUACAAUCCAACUUCGGCGACCAUGCGAACUAUGCUCUUCGCUUCUAUGCCGCCCACAGAUGGAAGAAUAUCAGGAAGCCGAAGCUCGAGCUUCUCCAACCGAGAAUGGCACAGCUGAAGUCGACAUUACAGCUGAUUAUCGCGGUUAUCCAACUCGAAGUGCUCUCUCGAAACGGAAGUGCCACCCGCGGCGAAUCCAGGCUCAAUGAGAUGUGGCCAGGCAUGACCGGAGGUGGUGAUGCGGCCACAGGUAUAUGCUUCCUCGCUUACAACAUGGCCCUGACAGGCCGGGUUCCACGUACGGGGCAGGAGAUACCUGUGGAGCUUGACUUCGCGCAGUUGACAACAAGCCGAAUCAUGAAUAUCGACCCCCGUCAUUGGGCGCCUCCACCAGACAGCUUGCCAGCAAAUGCUCCCAUUUGCCCUCAUUGCUAUCGCGACACGCGCGCGGAGAAUGGACACCCGCCAGACGGAACUAGCUGGAACCGCAACAAAUCGAUCCCGAAUAUCACGAAUCAUCGCUCCAGACACAGAGAAAGGCCCUUGCCUCCAUUACCACCACCAGAGUCCCUCGAGUCUCUGGAUCGGCAGGAGCCAACAGCUUCACGCCCCCAGUACCGCGCGCCAAGCCCGCCCCCACACCCUCAUAUUCCUCCACUGUUCCAUCCAAAUCCGCCGCUGGUUGAGAUCCGAGAACAGCCUUCGGGAUCGGAACUUCAUCAUGUUCCCGCCGAUGAUGAUUCGACUACACAACCAGGAUCUGAGAACCAGUAUCUUAGAGAACCACCACUGUACAGGCCAAGGUCACGAUCACCCCGACCACGACAACCCACCACCGUUGAACAGGUCCUUGUGUGGCACAACAACGGCGCCUGGGUACCGCAGUUCGUGAGGUUCGACCCGAAUCUCGACAUCCGCAAUAGACACGGUGCGAAUGGCGCCGAAAUCCCGUACGGCGGUCUCAUCUCCGAGGACUACGUGGAUAGCUUGUCACUGACAGAAAGUGUCGAGUGGUAUCGCCGCGAGUUCGUGUUCCCCUAUGAUGACGAGCACCGCGCGGUGAGAGGCAUCGGCACGGUCGAUAUCGAGUGGAAAAAACAGCCGGGUCUGGAUGAUUGGGAUGAGUUGGUCGUGGAGAGACCAAGAGUGAAGUGUAUUGUUUGUCGGGAGAUGCCUUGCGAAGAGGAAUUGGUUUUGAAGCUGCAUGAUUAG